AUGGAGACCAAAGUCUCGAUGCAUCAAUGGACCGCCGCCCUUCUUCGAGCAAAGGAAGAGGCCUCUUUCGAGUCCCCAACCUCCCUGCACCCAGCUCUACGAACGAUCCCACUGAACCUUUGGCACCCUGUACCCCAGUCUCCUCGCGCCAGAAGAUUAUCCCAUCCCCAGCUCAUGGGUCUCCGCAGAACCCUACCGCAUCUUUCAAAGGAGGCGGCUCAUCGAGUCAUAGAAACACCCCCAAGACAGCGUGGAGUGGAUUCGAUGCCUGUUUCGCGUUCUGUACCAAUGGACAAUCACAUGCAGGCCCCCAUCACAACUCAGUCGAGAGCGCACUCCCCGGCAGCUGUCAUGGGUACUCCGAUACAGGAGAGUCCUUUGAAAAGGGGUCCUGCCCAGGGAUCUGCCCCCAUUGUCCCAGUCACUCCAGAGAAGUCACAGAGCAAGUCGAUCUAUGAAAAGCUCGGCUGGGAUGAUGACGAAAUGGAAUUUUGA